CACUGAAGCUCUUUGAAUAUUUAAUCAGGUCUGAAGCCGGACACAAGGAUUGCGCCGUUAAACACGGAGCAGCGAGGCAGCUGGACCUCUCAGCAUUGCAGCACUCGCAGCUAGACAGACAGACCCAGCCCCGCUCCGCCGGCUGCUUCGCAUUCUCUUCUGCUCUUUCAUCCGGCAGCAUCUCGCCCCACCUCUAACUAACAUGGCUAGCACCGUAUCAGCCUACAAGGAGAAAAUGAAGGAGAUGUCCAUGUUGUCUCUUAUUUGCUCCUGUUUCUACUCACAGCCACAUCCCAACAGCAUCUACCAGUAUGGAGAUAUGGAAGUGAAACCAAUUAACAAGCGGGCCUCUGGGCAGUCAUUUGAGGUGAUCCUAAAAGCCCCCAAUGACCUGUCCCCUGACCGCCCCCAUUCCCUCUGCUCUCCACCCAAAAAGAAGGACAUGUCCUUGGAUGAGGUCCAAAAGAGGCUGGAAGCCGCAGAGGAAAGGAGGAAGUCUCAGGAAGCUCAAGUGUUGAAGCAGUUGGCAGAGAAACGUGAACACGAAAGGGAUGUUUUGCACAAAGCUUUGGAAGAAAACAACAAUUUCAGCAGGAUGGCUGAGGAGAAGCUCAACUUUAAGAUGGAAAUCAACAAGGAAAACCGAGAGGCCCACUUAAAUGCUCUUAAGGAGCGACUCCGUGAAAAGGAGAGGCAUGCAAUGGAGGUCCGCCGAAACAAGGAGAUUCAAGCAGAACUCUCUGGUUGAAGACAUUUUCUACAACUUUAACAAGAAAUUCAACAUCUGAAGAGUUUUGCCUAGAAAAAUGCAACUUUUUUAAACCUUUCUGUAUCAAAGCUCCUGCAUUGUUCUGCAUCUACAAUAUUAUUCUUUGUGCAAUAGGAAACAAUUUAUGAUUAGAAUAUAACUCCUAGUCCAUCCACGACUUACUACUCUGUCUUCUGCCUAUUCUGCCUCUUAAACCAUUAUUAAUUUAUCAAUUCAACCUUUAUGAUUGAUAACAGGUAAGGUUGUUUAGACGUGCACCUCACUAACAGGAAUUCUAAUGUAAAGCUGGUAGCAGGAAGAGGCCACUUUCUAACAAAAAAAUAAUUAUAAAUUGAUGAGUCAGGAAUUUAAGAUUUGCACUGGGAUUUUGGGAAACGAUGACGGAUGAUAUUCCAUAGAUAUACAGACAGCACACAAAAUCACUGCAUUUGUGCUGAAUAUAUCCCAGAGCCUCCUCCCACAGGAAAGUAACUUGUGUUCUUAUUUCUAACCACCAAAUAUGAACAUUUAAAUAAUAUAAUACAAAACAACCCCUACAAAAUUACUCCUUUAAGUAAUAUCAGUUCCGUUUUUUUUGACCAAAAACAUUUCACGGCCCCUAACUGCACUUCACUGAUGUUUUAUUGUCUCUCCAGUAACCCUCUAAAAUCUAAAGGUUGAAUUUUCUGAUUACUUGGCAAAAAAAAGAAAAGAAAAAAAAUUUUCAUUGUGCAUUAUAUUUGUCUGUUACAAAUAUUUACUGAUUGUAUGUACGUGUGCAAGAAUUGCUUGAGCCAAAUUUUUUUUUUGUCUUAUUACUGCAGUAGUGGUAGUAUGACGUAGAAAACAAAAUUUGCAAGAUAUUAUGCUGUACAAGGGUGUUUGCUUGAUGUGGAAUUCUGACUUGAAGCUAAUUUUCCUUUCUGUAAAUAUCUUUUAUGAAUAUCAGGAUUGCAUUUCGCAAACAGUUACCAUUCCUUUCAUGAUAAUGUAUCCUGCCUACGCCCCACCUUCAUCUUUCAGUCCUGCAGUUUGGGAUUGUCACUCGUCAGAAAAUGUCACCACAAAGCUGCAGAUUAUGGUGCUUCAGUCGCUUCGUGAACCUCAAGGUAUACUAAUAGCUGAGGAAAAUGUCUUAAAGCAGGAAUGUAUUCACUGUGUCAAAAAGAUUUGUUUGGUGCCAUAUCUGCAUCUAUGUCCAUCAGUCUAAUAGAAAUAAUAGUAUAAUGUGAAUACAUAGCUGUCAGGAUAGACUCUGGCUCCCUAGGACCCUGGGAUAGAAAAUGAUAUAUAUACAAAUUUGUACGUAUGUAUGUUUGAAAAGUGAAAAAGACCAUGCCAUAAUAUGUAUAACUACAUACUAUCAUACUAUGUAGACACUUAUAAUUCACAUAUUUCUGUGCACUGGAGGUUGUCUUACCUACAAACAUAGUUCAAUACUCCAUUUAGCUAAACACUCAAAACCAUUUUGCAUAUAUUGGAAAUAUAUAUAUAUAUAUAUAUAUAUAUAUAUAAUGUCACACGUGUAAGCCGAGAGAGCAGCUUCCACAGUCUUCCUUGAUUCUGUUUCAGUGAAGUUUGUCUGCUGUGUUGAGAAGUGGAUUUGAAGCUGCAUCAGCUGGUCUUCUCAUUCUUGUAUCAAAGUUGCCUCAUCUGCUCAGUUUAUCAUGGCGGCCAAGGAAUAUCCUGCCGACUAUGCCAUUGUAAAGUAAAAGACAAGAGAGCAUCAAGGCGCUGCACCAAAGAGGAUGCCUUGUUCAGUUGAACCAAAGUUUUAAGAGAAAUAAAUGAAAAAAAUAAAGCAGGGGACUGUAGCCCUCUAGCAAUUUGUUCUAGCUGAAAUAGACAGAAAGAUUUUUAAAAAGAACAGGAAGAGGAUACACAUUCAGAGAUGUGCAAAUUUCAUUAACCUGAAAGCAAUCCCAUCAUUUGUCAAAACAAAAAAGGCCAAAACUAAAAUCGUAGUCAAACAUCAGAAAGUGGUCUUUUUAAGCCAGACAAUUUAAAGAAAUGAUUGACAAGGAGGUCACAGGUUUUUAUCCAAUCUUGAAAAAAUUAGAAGUAAGAAGAGCACUCUUUGAAUAGCUCCGUCCAUGAUGUCAUCGAUAUGCCAUCCUCUUGAAUUGUUGGAAACCUUGUCAAGGUAAUGAAUGACACAAAGUGCACAAAUGGUGGCACUCGUUGCCCAUACAAAACAGUGCUAGAAGAUAAUAUAAAAAAUAAUGAACAUUUUCAUAGAGCCUUCGAUAAAAAAAAUAAAAACUUCAGAAAUGAAUUCCUUGCAUCUGAAAAGCUCUUAAAAAACACCAAGAAAAUCAUCAUCACUUUAGAGAAGUGCGCAAAAAAAAAAAAAAUAAUCCAAUCACAAUACAAUUGGUGUCUUAGCCCAAAUUAGACCCAGGGCUGGAUCAGGGUCCAAAAUGAACCCCAAUUUUUGGUUAGACAUUGGUUUAUAUAGGAGCUAGGGCAGAAGAAUUAGAGCCACCAACUGUGAAGCACAAGUGAUGUCACAGUUCACCUGUGAAAUCUUCCUCUGUUCUUGGGGAAACAACAAGAGUUGUUAAAGAUUCUGUCCUGCCGUUAUCUUUCCUGUCUUAGUUACCUGCUCAAAGUCAGCAGCUGCCCCCUUGGCUUGCUUGUGUGACAAUCUAUCUAUCUAUCUAUCCAAACACAGAUAUGCAUACAUAGACACUAUAUCAAAUUCAUCUCAUAAAAGAGGUCAUAAUAAAGAAACAUAAAACAUGCAUAUGCAGUUAUAUAUGUGUAUGUAUGUGGUUAUAUAUAUGUGUUUGUGUAUAACAUGUUAAUGUGCAUACACACAUGCAUGUUCACAUGUAUAUAUAAUGUCUUAUUAAAAGACUUUACUAAAGCAGAUAUAAAAUGUACAUAAAUAUGAAAAAUGCUCCCACUCACACACAUGCAUAUGAUAUGCUGUCUAUGCAUACAUAAACAUUACAGUAAAUUAAUCCCCUUAACUUUAAUAAAUGAAGUGUCAUUUCCCCGCAGGCCUCGGACCCUUAAAUAAUUCCCCAGGUUUAAUAUAAACUCACUACUAAAAUACAAAUUAAGAUGUGAAAAGCAUCAGCCCAGCUAUGGAUUGCAGAACCUACCAAUGCACCUUCUGUACAAAUCAGCUUAUAAUUGUGUUGAGCGUUGUGAAUAAAAAAUAAUUUUGAGUCUUCCCUACAUGUGAUCCAUCCUGGAUGGUCUUGUUCAAGUUUAAGCUCUUUGCUUUGACAUUGGAAGGCUAAUUAAUGUCACUGAUUGUAUGACUCUAUUAGCGUAUUAUCAUACCCUUUCAAAGAACAUCACACGCUGUAAAAAGAAAAUAAGAGUGGAUGAGACUUGCUGGCUGCUGGCUCAUUCUUGAUUUGAACCCUGUGACUAUUUCCAUCCCCUGCUUAAUCCUCGUGAGAGCCAGAGUCGCACGUUAAUUUCUAACAUUAUUUUCUUCUUUCAGGACCCAUGCAGUUGCCCACCUUUAUACUGAAUAUCCAAUUUGCCCACUUUCUAAAACCACAAAGGUGUUAUCUGUUAAUUUGGAGAUGGGCCAACAAACAGUAUGAAGGUGACCUUUCAGAGAUAGCAUUAUGUGAUGGUCAGUUAUGGCAGAUCUUUCUAUUGGAAUGGACAAUGAAGUACUGUAAAUUAUUAUAAGGCAGGAAAUGUGGCUGUGUUGUUAUGUUUUUGUCUUUUACUUCAUUAUUGUUUGUUCAAACGUUUUCUUUGCUCAUUUUACAGCACUUCUUUUGCUCCUCUAUCUAGAAUUGCCCAGGGCCUAUUUGACAGAUUCUGAAUAAAUGCUUGCUAAUGUAACCUAAACUCCUGAAAUUGCUGUUAAACACUUUUGCUACAUUACAUUUCACUGAUGAUAAAAAAAUGUGCCAUGAUCCGUAAUUUGAAAUAGAGAUACAGUCAGAAACUAGAACACCUUUACAGCUACUUGUAUAAUCAUAUCUUAGGAUCUCUCACCUGCAGUUCAGUGUCAACUUGGGAUUGUUAUUGUGAUCAGAAGUGAUAACAAAUAAUAAUAAAGUUGGUAAUACACCA